AUCAGUGCUGAUCAUCGACGCUUCCUAAUCCUGGCCUGAACAGUUCGAAAUGUUUCUUCAUCAUAUUCAUAGUUAUUUAUAUUUUUAUAACAAUGGCUGUCGACGGCCUGGCGAUUCAAACUAUUUGGAUGAACGUAGCUGCAUUUUGUUCCCUGAGUGAUCUUGGAAGAUUACAGUCAACAUGCAAAUAUCUCAACGCGAUCCUUUCAUGCAAUUCAGUUUGGAAGAUUCAGUGGAAAAAGUUGUAUAGAUUAUUUGACCUGGAGGAGAAGUACAGGGACCGUGUUGAUUCCUCGGCUCUUGUACCCUUCUUGUACCAGAACCUCUGCUUUCGUCUCCUGUCAUGUCUCAGACGCAGGGAAUGUUCACAGCAAUGGUUCGUCAUGAACCAACAGGAUGAAGUCGAAUCCUUCAACAUUGCUCAGAACCUCACAUCAUUUUCGUUCUUUGAUUCAACUCAGCUGUGGCGCAGGGCCGAGUCCUCGCGGCACAUCCGUUUGCGCUCGGCGUUGUCUACGGUAGUUCCUCUUCGCAGACUGAAGGCGUGUGAUGCAAGGUUCCUGGAUGCUGCAACAGAUCACAUGCUGCUUGGUGGCAUAGCUCAGAAAGAUGACAGUUUUGCUGAACUCUGGCCUUUCCUGGAGUCUGAGAAGAAGGCCUUCUACAACCACCGCAUUGCGAUGCUAAUGAGGAAGGGGCGGAAGGGGAGAGAGAAAUGCUUCUCACAGGUCUCAGGGUUAGAGUGUGGCAUGCCGCUACAGUUCUGCUCUCUGAACCUUCUGGGAAGCGGAUGGAAAGUGCGGAGGAGGGUUGUGCAAGCCUUUGAGGACACCACCAAAGGCACCAAUGCUGCCAUCAAGAUCGGUGGAAUCAAGAACUCUGAGCUGAGGUGUAGCCUGCAGGAGUUACUCCGUCCAGGAUUGAUCAGAGACUUCUCUCAAGAAGCGGAGCCGAUCUGUCUCCGAACCCCCAUCAAUAUGAUUCCAAAAGACCUGGAAAUAGUCAAGGACCUCUUCUUUCGUGUCCUGGGAUACACUUGCAUCUUACCGUUCAACGUAGCAUCCCAUGUCAGCGACAACGCUAGAGCAGAGACAUGCCUCAUUAUAGAGAGCUACGUCCAUCACACUGUCAUCACACCCAUUGUCGAUGGCAUCCUGUGCUCAGACCUGGUGAGAUGCAAACCCAUCGGCUUUGCUCAUGUCCUGGAUUAUCUGGUUCUAAGUUUGGUAGUGAAGAACCCAAACCUCAGUAAGAUCAGAGCACCAUCCCUCAUGCUGAACACGAAUCCUGAACGCAUGACCCUUGCCCUUUCACCUGCUCGUGACCUGAUGGCUGCCGUCCGUCCAGAAAACCCUUCAGAGUAUGCCUACAAUUCACAGCUUGGUGUUUUGCAGUCAGGUACUGCACUUCAGCUCAAAGAAAGCAUCCUAUGCGUCUUCCAAGGAAUCGACUCGUGUAAGCGCUCAGAGUUCCUAGUCCUUCUAGCAACCGAGUACAUGUACAAGUGCCUUGACCUUGUUUCCAUGGUAACCGAACUCCUCAGCCAGUUUGACCUUCUCAACGUGCGGCGGUUGGUGAGUCGCAUCUUCUUCGUCGGGGAGAACACGCGGAUCGGUAGCUUCCGGGAGAGGUUCGAGAGGGACCUGCGGGUGAGUCUCGACCGGUUGGGGGCGGUGUUCGGAGGAGAGUUUGCCAGGCAGCAGCGAUGGCCGAUACACUGCGUACACGCAGAGGUGGAGGACAGACCGAACUGUCUGUUCUCCGAUACCUUCACCACCAUGGACUAUAUCUUUCAAGGCCCUGAUUUCUUCUGAAUCUCCCUUUAUUUCUUUUUUAAUUAUUUAUUCGGUACUUUCAAGAAAUAUAACAAUAAAACAAUAUAAUCAUGGUGAUUACAAAAUUAGAAUGACAAAAAUUAUACAAAUACAACUGUUUGUAGCAAUAUUCUAAGUGCAAAAGAUGGCGGCCAGGGAAAAACAGAGCAAACUUAAUUACUGUAACCGUAAUGGUCUCUUCGCCAAACCAACUGAUGCACUCAGAUCGUGCCUCCUCCCCAAUGAACACCCUAUACAAAGGGUAGUUAUGAGGAUAUGCAAUUGACAACCAUGAACAAUAAUUUCCAAAUCACAAUUUCUUCAGGAUCUUCCUUUCAAUGCACCCAUUUGAGGCUUGCCUCUAAGGAACAUGCAUGUCUACAUCCUAUAUAAAGAAAAGUCAGCAGAAUCUGCAGUUUUACAAAAUAGCACAUAUCUUUCAGGACCCUAACUUCUUUUAGGUCUCAAGGAACAUGGAUGUUUUGUCCUAUCCAGCUGAUAGUAGGGCUAAUGUACAAUUUACCGUCAUCAAUAUAUUCAAGGCCCUAAUUUCUUUUGAAUCUCUCUUUCAGUUCAUUCAUUUGAGCUUUGUUCCAUAGGAACAUGGAACAUUUUUAUAUUUUCUAAAAUCCAAAGGAUAGUUGAAUAAUUCAAUUUACCUUCAUGGGCUAUAUCUUUUAAGGUCCUAAACCUUUCCCAGCAUUCAUUCACCCAUUCAUCCACCCUUCCUUCCAUCCAUCUGUUGGUAUCAUAUCCUUAAUACCAGAAUUACAUACUAGUUAUAUUUAAGAGGCUAUAAAUAACAAGAUGUUACACAAAGGUUAUGUGCUUAAAGAGAGAGCUCUCAAGGCUCUUCAUUUACUGCAUGUAUUUCACUUUUACAAUUUUGCCACAAGGUAGCGCCAUUUCACUAUCAACCUCGGGACAUAUUAACUAAUUUCAUUACACCUUUCAGAAGCAUGUCAUUAUAUAAACUAAAAUAAUACCAACAAUGUUGCUCAGAAUUAAGCUGUACUGAAACGUUUGAGAAUCUUAUAUAAACUUUCAAAACCUGUU